AUGAACAAGAACAUUAUCCUCCUACAGGUAUCUUUUUAUUAUUUCGGUUUGCGUCGACCCGGCCGCUUCGCGCCCGCCGCCGCCCGCCGCGCCGCGCCUGCCCCGUUGCGGCCUGGCGCUUCCCCCCAUCCGGCAUGGCCUCACCCGUUCGGGCUUGGCCUCGUCCGUUCCGGGUUUAGCCUCCCUGUCGUCGCGUCGGUGGGCCGUGACGUCGCGGUCGUCGGGCCUGGCUGA